AAUGAAUAAGUUAUGCCAGAGCGUUCGUGAAACCGCAAGAGCGCCUCACAGCUACCACAAAGUUACAAAGAAUCUCGCUCGCCGGUAAAUUCUGGGAGGUCAUGAAAUAACUCAGUUCUUCGGUCACUUGAUAAUGUUGUUGAUGCAUUGAAACAUGUUCCAUAUGUAGAAACGUGCUUCGAGAUAAAACGUGCUUGUAUAUAAAGCCGAGAGUGACACGCGUGGAUCUACAAAACAAUUCUUUAUCGCUCAGAGGAUUCAACAGUUACUUACAGCAUUAGCCAUUAGUCUAACAUGGCGAGCUUAGAGCUAAGGACAUUUUGUCAAGAUUUUGAAAUGAAAGACUUCAUAGCACAAGGAACCUUUGCUAAAGUGUUCAAAUGCACGGAGCGAAAGACAGGUGAAUGUUUUGCAGUGAAGGAAUUUCAAACUGAAGAGGCUAAUUUUGACAGAGAGGUUAUAAACAACGAAGUGGAAAUUUGGAGGACUUUGCAGCAUCGCAACAUUGUCUCAUUAUACAAACGCUUUUACGGAAACGGCCACAUUUGGGUGGUGUUAGAACUCGUAAACGGAAAAACGCUUUUGGACGAAAUUGUAAAUAAGAUUGUUUUCUCUGAAGAAGAAACACGAGGGAUGAUGGAACAGCUCAUUGAAAGCCUCAAGUAUCUUCACCGGAAAAGGAUUGUUCAUCGAGACAUUAAAGCAGAUAAUAUCCUUCUAGAAAAGAAGGAUGGCAAACUCGUCGUAAAACUUACAGAUUUUGGACUUGCGCGGCGACUUCCGGACGAUUGUGACGUUAUCAAGUGUACAGCGGAGGGCACGCCUCUCUAUCUUGCGCCGGAAACAAUCUUAGCGGACCCUAUCGGUCCAGCGGUUGACAUAUGGGCAUGCGGAGUAAUUCUGUUUUUAUUACUCGUGGGAUAUCCUCCAUUUUGGCACAGCGAUGAUAGGAAACUGAUGUUACUUAUUGUGGAGGGAUGUUACAGCUUGCCUGCGCGCUACUGGGACCGAGUGUCGGAUGACGCAAAAGAUCUUGUGAAACGAAUGUUGGUGGUUUAUCCUCACAAGCGAGUAACUGCUUUCAAGGCAUUGAACCAUCCGUGGAUCUCAGACUUUGAAGAAAAUGUGGACGAGGGUAUCGAAACUUUUGCAAGGAAUCUCGUUUCAAGAUAACACAUUUCUAAACAAUUUUUCAUUUUUCAUUAUAGAGUUCUUUUCCAUUUGAGUCGUUGAAUCCAUAUCAUGCAGAGUUGUUAUCCAAAUUUCGCCCGCAAGACUUGGUUGGGAAGACAGUAAGGCUGCCUUACUUUUAAUUAAGUGUGUAAAUAGGGGAAUGAAAUUUUCAUUAAAACAUAUUUUAAGAUUU